CAGCAAGGGAUUGCUGAUUUGAGACGCACCCAGUUGCAUGCUGGGAAAGUGACGGCUAUUUUAUUUACUAGCUCGCUGUAAAUUAUUAUAUGGCAGCCAUAAAGUGGCGUUUAAAACAGUUAUCACUUUUUUAAAUAAUGGUUUCGCUACACAGACAGAUAUAAGUGACCUGAUAUAUUCGGUUAUUUCAUAUUAAAGAAUGGCGGAGGCAGAAGUGAUCAGCAAUGCCACCCCUUCAGAGGAGAUGAAUGGGGCUGGGAACCUGAUGGACUUCCUAGAUGAGCCCAUUCCAGAUGUGGGCACAUAUGAGGAUUUCCACACCAUUGACUGGCUCAGGGAGAAAUCCAGAGACACUGACCGCCACAGGAAGAUCCGCAAAAGGAGGAAGGAGUCGAUCUGGGAAUUUGUAAAGAGCUUACUUGAUGCUUGGUCAGGAUGGGUGGUCAUGUUGCUUAUUGGACUGCUAUCAGGCACUUUGGCAGGAGUGAUAGACCUGGCUGUGGACUGGAUGACGGACCUAAAGGAGGGGGUUUGUCUGUCUGCAUUCUGGUACAGCCAUGAGCAGUGCUGCUGGACGUCAAAUGAGACUACAUUUGCAGACAGGGACAAAUGUCCUCAGUGGCAGAAAUGGGCAGAACUGAUGACAGGACACUCUGCGGGUGCUGGUGCCUACGUGUUAAAUUACUUCUUGUAUGUGCUGUGGGCGCUGUUCUUCUCCUUUCUGGCUGUUUCUCUGGUACGAGUGUUUGCUCCGUAUGCCUGUGGAUCAGGAAUACCAGAGAUAAAGACAAUCUUGAGUGGGUUUAUAAUUCGAGGUUACCUUGGGAAGUGGACCCUGCUGAUUAAGACGGUUACACUGGUGCUGGCCGUGUCGUCUGGCCUAAGCCUGGGAAAAGAAGGACCACUAGUGCAUGUAGCCUGCUGCUGUGGAAACCUCUUUUGCAGCCUUUUCUCUAAAUACAGCAAGAAUGAAGGCAAACGUAGAGAGGUUUUAUCAGCUGCUGCAGCUGCUGGAGUGUCUGUGGCAUUUGGUGCUCCAAUAGGUGGAGUGCUUUUCAGCUUAGAGGAGGUGAGCUAUUACUUCCCCCUUAAGACUCUGUGGCGCUCGUUUUUCGCUGCGCUGGUUGCUGCCUUCACUCUGCGCUCUAUCAACCCAUUUGGCAACAACCGCCUGGUGCUAUUUUAUGUGGAAUAUCACACACCAUGGUACAUGGCUGAGCUAGUUCCCUUCAUUCUGCUUGGGGUAUUUGGGGGCCUCUGGGGCACCCUGUUUAUUCGAGGCAACAUCGCCUGGUGCCGUCGCAGGAAGACCACUCGCCUCGGCAAGUACCCUGUCCUGGAAGUAAUCGUGGUGACAGGCAUUACAGCCAUCUUGGCUUUCCCCAACCCAUACACACGCCGCAGCACAAGUGAGCUCAUCUCUGAGUUAUUUAAUGACUGUGGUGCUUUUGAGUCCUCCCAACUCUGCGAUUACAUCAAUAACCCUAACAUGAGCCGUCCAGAGGAUGAUAUACCAGACAGACCAGCUGGACCAGGGGUCUACAAUGCACUCUGGCAAUUAGCACUUGCACUGAUCUUUAAAAUAGUCAUCACCAUCUUUACAUUUGGCAUGAAGAUCCCAUCAGGUUUGUUCAUACCCAGUAUGGCAGUUGGAGCUAUUGCAGGAAGGAUAGUGGGCAUUGCUGUGGAGCAGAUGGCCUACCACCACCAUGAAUGGAUCAUCUUUAAGAACUGGUGUCGUCCGGGUGCAGACUGUGUCACUCCUGGCCUCUACGCCAUGGUGGGGGCUGCAGCAUGUCUCGGUGGAGUCACUCGGAUGACUGUGUCCCUGGUUGUCAUUAUGUUUGAGCUGACUGGUGGGUUAGAGUACAUUGUGCCGCUAAUGGCUGCCGCUGUUACAAGUAAGUGGGUGGCGGAUGCGUUUGGUAAAGAGGGAAUUUAUGAGGCACACAUUCGUUUGAACGGCUACCCAUACCUGGAUCAGGACGAGUUCACCCACCGCACACUGGCCACUGAUGUGAUGCGACCACGCAGGAACGAGCCACAGCUCUCAGUUCUCACGCAGGACUCCACCACAGUGGAGGAUGUAGAGAUGCUCAUCAAAGAGACGGACUACAACGGCUUCCCUGUGGUUGUCUCACGAGAGUCUGAGAGACUCAUCGGUUUUGUGCAGCGCAGGGAUCUGACCCUGGCUAUUAAGACUGCACGUCAGAAGCAGGAUGGAGUGGUAAGUAACUCAGUGGUAUACUUCACCGAGGAUGCACCCCAGCUGCCAGCCUCAAACCCUCAGCCCCUGAAGCUAAGGCGCAUCCUCAAUCUUAGCCCCUUUACGGUCACUGACCACACACCUAUGGAGACCGUGGUGGACAUCUUUCGCAAACUUGGCCUUCGCCAGUGCCUUGUCACUCGCAGUGGACGAUUACUCGGGAUCAUCACCAAGAAAGACGUGCUACGACACAUGGCCCAAAUGAUGAACCAGGACCCUGGAUCGAUCAUGUUCAACUAGACUACUCCAUCUCUGACCUUUCACAUUGUCAGGCCAGUGACCUCAUGAACCAUUCAGAUUGUAAAUAGUGCAACACUAUUAUAACUUCAAGUAUUUAAACGUGUAGAAGUGUAAUACCAAACCCUUAUGUGUUUUCGGCCAAAAAAGAUCAUAAUCUUAAAUGAAAACUUGGAAUGCUAUGCAUGGCAACAUUUAGAGGCAAUCGGGUAACAGAAGAUACAGUCACUUAUGUUCUUAACUAAAUGCAUUCUAUAUUAGUACCUUGGUAAUCAGUGGUUCCUCUUUAAAAUACUCAAAAAUAAUAUAAAGUGAUAUCAGGAGACUGUAAACUUUGGUUAGGAUUCUGGAACUUUACAUUGCCUAAUUGCCUCAAGUUGCUGUGCAUCAGGUGCAAAAAGAUCAAGUGUUUUAAACCACUGUAACUUGUGUUUAUCCAACUGCUGCUGCCAUACAACAAUUUUUUUUAUUCAUUUAAACCAUUAGUCUUUGCUAGUGUCAUUUAUAAAAUAUUCUCUAUUAUAAGGGAUAUAACUAAACUGGUACAGAUCGAUGCAAUUGACAUUUAAGUAGUUUUGUUUUUUUUCCACUCAGAACAAAUCAAUUCACAAUGAAGGUACUUUUAUCACACGCUUUAAUUACAGAAUUACAUUUGAUUUAUUUGGGUGGUAUUUGAGGUUUUGUGUCUGCAUUUUUGCACCACAGAACACAGUAGCUUGUCAGGAUAUGGCAGAUUUGCCUUAGAUAUCAGGGUGAUGUACCACAUUUUGCUUAUAUUUAUUAUUUACAUGUAAAUAUUUAUUUAGGAACAAAAUGAUUAGAUGAUAAUAUGUUGUGUUACAUUCUUUUCUUGUGAUCGUGGCAAGUUAGUAUUUUUUUAUGUGCACUUUAAGCAUUUGCUCAGUACUAAAUUACCAAAUGGCAGAGUUGUCUUAAGUGAUGCAACCCUAAUAAAACCUCUAAUGAAAUAAUAAUUUAAAAAAGAAAACAGGAAUCUGCUCAAUUUCAGUUUAUGUUUAUUAAAUCAUUUAAUGAG